CGCACACCUGCACCCAGUGCUGUGUUCUUGCACGGACACGUUGUGCGUACUCCUGCACGCAGUGCUGCACACUUGUGCACGCGCUCGCACACCCUGCACGCUCCUCCCCACCCCGUGCUCUGUGUGCACAGCCCUGCGUGCUCCUGCGUGCUCUUGCACACCCCUGCGCUCCCACCCAGCCCUGCACGCCCCGCACCCUGCAAGCCCCUGCUCGCUCCACGUGUUCUUGCACGUCCCUUGCGCUCCCACCCGGCCCCACACGCUCUGCACACCAUUGCACGCUGUUGCACGCAGCCUUGCACACCCCGUGCACCCCACCCGGCCUCACGCGCCCUGCACCGUGCACACUUGCUCGCCAUUGCGUGCUCCACGCAGCCUUGCCCGUGCUGCGCGCUCUGCCCACCAUUGCACACCGUUGCACGCUGCCACGCAUUCCCACGGCCGUGCACUCUGCACACCGCUGCACGCCCAGUGCUCUCCCACCCCGCCCUGCACACCGUCGCACGCUGCUUGCACGCUCCACGCAGCCUUGCACGCCCCACACUCUCCACCCAGCCCCACGCGCUCUGCACCCUGCACGCCGUCGCGGGCCCCACGUGGGCUCAGCGCGCUCUGUCUGUGCAGGCCCCCCCCGGGAUGCUGCAGGGAGCCCAGCACUGAGGUGGGCGCCAUGGGGCGCGCGUCGUAGCCCCCUCCCGCCGUGGCCCCCCCGCGCGUGGCACCGGUGGCGGAGCCCACUCGGCCGGUGCUGGGCGCUCCUUGAUGGAAUUGCGGUGAAUGGAACAGAAGCCCAGCACCCUGGACCCGCUGUCGGAGCCAGAGGACACCCGGUGGCUGGAUGGCAAGCGCAAAAGAAAGAGCAGCCAAUGUUUGGUGAAGAGCAGCAUGUCAGGGAAAACUGAGGCACGGAGGGGGGCUCUGACGUGUCCCCCCCCAGGGUACAUCCCUAGCUACCUGGACAAAGAUGAACAGUGCGUGGUGUGCGGGGACAAAGCCACCGGCUACCACUACCGCUGCAUCACCUGCGAGGGCUGCAAGGGCUUUUUCCGUCGGACCAUCCAGAAGAACCUGCACCCCACCUACUCCUGCAAGUACGAUGGGUGCUGCGUCAUCGACAAGAUCACCCGCAACCAGUGCCAGCUGUGCCGCUUCAAGAAGUGCAUCUCCGUGGGCAUGGCCAUGGACCUGGUGCUGGACGACUCGAAGCGCGUAGCCAAGCGGAAGCUGAUCGAGGAGAACCGGGAGCGGCGGCGCAAGGAGGAGAUGAUCAAAUCGCUGCAGCACCGGCCCAGCCCCAGCGCCGAGGAGUGGGAGCUGAUCCACGUGGUGACCGAGGCGCACCGCAGCACCAACGCGCAGGGCAGCCACUGGAAGCAGAAGAGGAAAUUCCUGCCCGAAGACAUCGGCCAGUCGCCCAUGGCCUCCAUGCCUGACGGGGACAAAGUGGACCUGGAGGCGUUCAGCGAGUUUACAAAAAUCAUCACGCCGGCCAUCACCCGCGUGGUCGACUUUGCCAAAAAACUGCCCAUGUUCUCGGAGCUGCCGUGCGAGGAUCAGAUCAUCCUGCUGAAGGGCUGCUGCAUGGAGAUCAUGUCGCUGCGCGCGGCCGUGCGCUACGACCCCGAGAGCGAGACGCUGACGCUGAGCGGGGAGAUGGCCGUGAAGCGCGAGCAGCUCAAGAACGGGGGGCUGGGGGUCGUGUCCGACGCCAUCUUCGACCUGGGCAAGUCGCUGUCUGCCUUCAACCUGGACGACACCGAGGUGGCCCUGCUGCAGGCCGUGCUGCUCAUGUCCUCAGACCGGACGGGGCUGAUCUGCGUGGACAAGAUCGAGAAGUGCCAGGAGACGUACCUGCUGGCGUUCGAGCACUACAUCAACUACCGCAAACACAACAUUCCCCACUUCUGGCCCAAGCUGCUGAUGAAGGUGACGGACCUGCGCAUGAUCGGCGCCUGCCACGCCAGCCGCUUCCUGCACAUGAAGGUGGAGUGCCCCACCGAGCUCUUCCCCCCCCUCUUCCUCGAGGUCUUCGAGGACCAGGAGGUGUAGGGUGUCCCCCG